AUGGUACAGGGUGUAAACAAUUUCGGUGCCAAGAUCCUGUUGGACUGUGGUGCCACAACCGUAUACGUGUCUCGUGGGUUCGUCAAGAAGCAUGAGCUGAAGACACACGCUUACACGGACCGGACUAUCAAAGUGAAGCUCGGCGACAACAAGAUUGGCGAGUCUAUCCUAGAGUUGGUAAAGAUCGAGAUUCUACUCCAGGGUGUCCCAAAUUACCAGUGUAUAGCAGUUGUCUUCGACAUUCCCGAGGAGUUUGACUGUGUUCUCGGGAUGCCAUUCUUUGUGGAUGUACAUCCGGAUAUCGACUGGAAGAAUCGAUGCUUCAAGUCUGGUUAA